AAACCCCCCGAAGGACUCGACGGGAUCAGAACAUUUUUACGGUGGAAUUUUUUUUGGCUCUCUACGGUAAAACGCGCAACUAAACAAACUUUUACUCUAAAGAAUGGAAGUAACAGAAUAACUCUAAAAAAGGAUGACCUCCUCUCAGUCUAUAGCCUUAGAGAAUAGUCCGUUUAUGUACUUUCUGCGAUAGAAAAGAACUCACCCGAGUUAUUCGGAUCAUUCAUUCCCCUUUUGAAAUUGUUUGAUUUGGCGCCUUUUUUAAACUGUAGGGUUGAUUUCAUUUUUGCGUCAUUUAUUCAUAUAACCAUCUUUAUCCCUAUGGCGAUUGUAUUUUUCUUGUUUCAACAAGAGGAUACAUUUGUAUGGGUUAGAAUCAAGUUCAUUAAAAGUCUAGACAGCGAGAAAAUGGUAUACGUGACGGACUGACGGUCGCUCGUAAAGUUUUCGAUAGAGGUAGGAGACCAAUAUUUUAUUGGUCUGAAGGGUCUGAAUGUCCGAAACGAGAAAAAGCUCUUUGUUUUUUUUCGAAAUUAUUUUGGCAAUUGACCAAAUAUGUUAUAUCCUGUUGAACUUGACCUUAUGCUUUGCAAUGCCAAAACAGAUACCUUGUUAUACGUUGAGGCUGGACAUUGUUGGCAGCCAAGAACUAACGGUAUACUCUCACGGCUUUUACCAUAUUUUAUUCAAGGUUAGGCACGUAAGCCGACAGAUUUUUCUACCUGUGAAAAUGUUGUUGUAGUCCAGGAAUCAAAGAGCAAGCUACUAGUUUUUAGAACUGAACUUUUAAACUUACUUUUCAAACUGAGUGAAAAGUUAUCGUUUUUAUUUUACACAUGGCGAACUCGAUAAGAGAGAAUGGUUCGUUGUCAAGGUCUGUUUCCGGACGUGAAAUGAUUUCAAUGCCACAUACCCUGGAAAUUAUUUGGCGAAAUGUCAUGGUGUACAUUUAUCUCCACUUAACUGCGCUCUACGGAUUCUAUCUCUGCUUCACGUCCGCCACGCUGACAGCCACUUUGAUUUGGGCUUUGUUUUUACAUGUAUUUGGAGGAUUUGGAAUAGCUGGUGGAGUGCAUAAACUGUGGAGCCAUCGUUCGUACAAUGCCAGUUUACCUCUUCGCAUUUUGAUUGCCGUUGCGCAAACGAUCGCCCAUCAGGACGACAUUUACAAAUGGAGCAGGGAACAUCGGGUGCACCACAAGUUUAGUGAUACGGACGCCGAUCCUUACAACUCCAGACGGGGAUUCUUUUUCUGUCACAUCGGCUGGCUCAUGUGCGAAAAACAUCCGGAAUUCUAUCGAAUGCAAAAGACCAUCGAUGUUAGCGAUCUUUUACAAGAUCCCGUCGUAGUCUUUCAGCGGAAGUACUACUAUCCAUUGGCCGUGAUACUUUGCUUUGUGAUGCCGGCAGUAGUGCCCUGGUACUUUUGGGAAGAGUCUUUACCUACAGCUUUUUUCGUCGCUUCCAUGUUUCGUUACGUGUUCACGCUCCAUGCCACCUGGCUCACCAACAGCGCAGGCCACAGUUGGGGGAAACGACCAUAUGACAAACAAAUCAAUCUAUCUGACAGUUUACUGGCUGCCAGUUUCAGUCUUGGCGAAUGGCACAACUACCACCACGUUUUCCCUUGGGACUACAAAGUAGCUGAGUUAGGAAGUUCGAGGACGAGUUUCCACGUCGUUGUGAUCGAUUUCUUCGCCUGGCUCGAUCUCGUUUACGACCGCAAAACCGUCCGGCAAAGAAUUGUCCGCAGCCGUGUCCUCCGGACGGGCGACGGCUCUCAUCCCUAUGCCUUAAAGGAUUGUCCGUUUAAUUCCGGCGAUAUCAAAGACCACAGUGUUGACGAUGAUGAAAUUUGAGAUCG